AUCUCGGGUUUGUUGCCUCGUGAUUCGCAACAAAAGAUCAGCGAAACCUCCAACUUCGCCAUCUCGCCACUGAGACGAGACGAUUCCCAGUUCCCACUCUCCAAGCCCUCGAUCUCCUCCACCCUCCUCCGAGAUGUUCAAGAAGUUUUCCUUUGAAGACAUUUCUGCGCAAAAUCAAGUUAAAACAUCAGUCCAGAGGAAGAUCCGUCAAAGCAUUGCUGAAGAGUACCCAGGACUUGAACCUUUGAUGGAAGACUUACUUCCAAAGAAGUCGCCCUUACUUGUUGCGAAAUGCCAAAAUCAUCUAAAUCUUGUUGUGGUGAACAAUGUUCCGCUAUUUUUCAAUGUUCGUGAUGGUCCUUACAUGCCGACACUUAGGCUUCUUCAUCAGUAUCCUGAUAUAAUGAAGAAGUUCCAAGUGGAUAGAGGUGCAAUCAAGUUUGUCCUUGCUGGUGCAAACAUAAUGUGCCCUGGCCUUACAUCUCCUGGUGGUGCUAUGGAUGACGAAGUAUCAGAAGAAACCCCUGUGGCUGUAAUGGCUGAAGGAAAACAACAUGCCCUGGCUAUUGGGUUCACCAAACUGUCAGCUAAAGACAUAAGGGCUGUCAAUAAGGGGAUUGGUGUUGAUAACAUGCACUAUCUUAAUGAUGGCCUUUGGAAGAUGGAACGACUGGAAUGAAUUGAAUGUAACAGAGACGAUUUGGUGCCUACAGAAGACUCCUGCAGGUGUCAAUAUUUACCCACUCUCUCUCAGCAAUGGCAAAUGAAGACUAUAGGAUUUUGCUAUGACUGAAUAGUAAGUAUAAUGACAAGCUUGAUAAUGUGCUGUAAUUGUCUGAUCUUGGAGGUGAAAACAGUUAAAAUUUAUGCUGACUUAAUAACUUUUGCAAAAGGGUACCUUUUUGCUAUAUAUUUUCUAUAAAGAUCUUUGACUAUUUGUGAAUU